UAGGAUUAAGGAAACAGUCGAUCUGUCAAGGAAAUAAACAAUACUUUCUGACAUAGUAAAUAACGCCAGCUAGCUACAAUUCAAAUUAAGACCUAGUUAGCUAUACUUUCUGAAACUGACACAAAAGUAUAACAUGGUUCGCUGUCUGAAGUAGAACUAGCUGCCUGGAUUACUCAUUUAUCCCAUUUGUAAAAUGGAAUCUAUUCGAGUUUAUCUGGAGAGCCUGAAGCAAGGACUGCAAAUUGAUGUCUUGAGGGAAGUUGGACGUCAAUAUCCUGUCUUUUGCUUUCUUCUGGUUUUCAUGCUGUCAUUAACUAUACUUCUUAAUAGGUAUCUUCACAUUUUGAUGGUGUUUUGGUCCUUCCUGGCUGGAGUGAUUACGUUCUAUUGCUCCCUCGGUCCAGAAUCACUCCUGCCCAACAUCCUGUACACCAUAAAGCCCAAGAACAAACAAGAGCAACAGGAGCUGUUUCCAUUGGGACACAGCUGUGCAGUGUGUGGGAAAGUAAAGUGCAAACGUCACAGACCAACAUUACUCCUAGAAAACUAUCAGCCAUGGUUGGACUUGAAAGUCUACUCCAAAGUGGAUGCUUCCAUGUCUGAGGUGCUCGAGUUGGUUCUGGAGAAUUUUGUAUAUCCCUGGUACCGGAACAUCACAGAUGAUGAGGCAUGUGUAGAUGAACUGAGAAUGACCUUUCGGUUCUUUGCAUCUGUGUUAGUUCGACGCGCUCAGAAGGUUGAUGUCCCCUCAGUUAUUUCUGGCAAAAUGAUGAAAGCAGCCAUGAAGCACGUUGAAAUAAUUGCAAAGGCCAAGCAAAAAGUGAAGAACACUGAGGGAUUGCAGCAGGCUGCUCUGGUUGAGUAUGGCCCUGACUUACAUUUUGCCCUGCAUAGUCGCAAAGAUGAGCUGCGUUAUCUCAGGAAGUUGACAAAGAUGCUAUUUGCCUAUCUCAUGCCUCCCAAAGCCACUGACUGCAGAUCUCUAGCUGUGCUGAUGCAAGAGAUCCUGGUAGGCUCUGUGUUCCUCCCCAUCAUGGACUUCAUGGCUGAUCCUGAUACUGUGAACCACAUGGUGCUAAUAUUCGUUGAUGACACUCCAUCUGAGCCGGCCAUGGAGCCACCAUCUAGCCUGGUUCCAUUCCUGCAGAAAUAUGCUGACCCUCGUACCAAGAAGACAUCUGUGCUGAAGCUGGAGCUGAAGGAGAUUCGGGAGCAGCAGGACCUUCUGUUCCGCUUCAUGAACUUCCUAAAGCAGGAGGGAGCCGUGCACGUGCUCCAGUUCUUACUCACCGUGGAGGAGUUCAAUGAUAAGAUCCUGUGUCCAGAGCUGAGUGAAGCUGAGCUGCAGCGUCUGCAUGGUGAGGUGCAGCACGUCUACGAGACCUACUGCUUGGAGGAGAGUAUCGACAAGAUCAGUUUUGACCGCUUCAUCGUUGAGGAAAUACGAAACAUUGCAGAGGGGCCGUACGAGGGAGUGGUGAAGCUGCAGACUAUGCGCUGCCUGUUUGAGGCCUACGAGCAUGUUCUGUCCCUGCUGGAGAGUGUCUUCACCCCCAUGUUCUGCCACAGCGAUGGGUAUUUCACACACCUGCUGAUGGGGGCAGAGUCUCCAAAAAGGGACUCCAGAAUGAACAGGAAUAGUCUGAGUGUGGAUGAUAUGAGGAACGUCUCAAAACGAGGGGAGACGUUUGGGAUCAGCCGGAUCGGCAGCAAAAUCAAAGGCGUCUUCAAGAGCACCACCAUGGAGGGGGCGAUGCUGCCGUACUCCAUGGUCGACGCUGAAGAUGAAGCGGUUGAGGAAGCAACUAUGGUGAUGGAGGAUGACUCCCAUGUGGAGGCAGUUAGUACUCCAGGUGUCCUGAGGAACUUGUCAGCCUGGAGCAUCACCAUCCCCUAUAUUGACUUCUAUGAUGACGAGGUGAAGAAGGAGAGGGUCCCCGUGUUCUGCAUCGACGUGGAACGCAAUGACAUGAAGGAAGUGGGACAUGAAACAGAGGACUGGUCCAUCUUCAGACGAUACAUGGAAUUCUACGUUCUAGAAAAUAAACUCACAGAGUUCCACGGCUCAUUUGCAGAUGCACAGCUCCCUUCGAAAAGAAUUAUAGGACCAAAGAACUAUGAGUUCCUAUCAUCAAAGAGGGAAGAAUUUGAGGAGUAUUUGCAGAGACUGCUGCAGCACCCAGAGUUGAGUAACAGUCAGCUGUUGGCAGACUUCCUGUCACCUCACAGCAUGGAGACUCAGUUCAUGGACAAGAUGAUGCCUGAUGUAAACCUGGGUAAAAUAUUCAGGUCUGUCCCUGGAAAAAUUAUAAAAGAGAAAGGACAGAACCUAGAGCCUUUCAUCCAGUCCUUCUUCAACUCUUGUGAAUCUCCCAAAGUCAAACCCAGCAGGCCUGAGCUGACCACCCUCAGCUCUACUGCUGAGUACAAGUCCCCAGAGUCUACAACACCACUAAGCAAGAGGCACCACCAAGCAAGCAGCACUAUGACGACCAAGGAGCUCUCCAAACAGCUCUCCAAUGACCUCUACAAAAACAAUACUAAACUGUUUGAGACCCUGGAGACACAUAACCGGAACUACUUUAUGGAGAUGAUCUCGGUAGAAGGGAUGUAUGACUACAUGAUGUUUAUGGGUCGAGUCGUGUUCCAUAUGCCAGACUGGUUGCAUCACAUCCUGUCAGGGGGGCGGAUCUUGCUCAAGAACACAUUUGAGGCCUACAUGGAUAGCUACAUUCAACACAAACUAGAGAUGAUCCUGCAGGAGCACCGUGUGGUGUCUCUCGUCACCAUGCUCAGAGAUGCUGUGUUCUGCGAGAACAGUGAGGAACGCACCACAGGAGACAAGCAGAGAAGAGCCAAGAAGGCAUUUGAAGAGAUGAUGAAUUAUCUGCCAGACUUUAUGGAAAAGUGCAUUGGACAGGAGGCCAAGUACGAGGGCAUCCGACUUCUCUUUGACGGCUUCCAGCAGCCACUUCUCAACAAGCAGAUGACUUACGUUCUGAUGGAUAUUGCUGUCGAAGAACUGUUUCCAGAACUCGGCAAGAAGGGACAAGGGGAGCCGUCGGCAGACAGUAACCAGUGAAUUUAGAAAACAGCUUGCUUCCUUUUCCUGGAGCCAAAGUGCAAUACAGCAAAUUCCAAUGUCUCUGUGAGCAUAUCAACAUUCCAAUGUAUAAUAAUGCAUUAAUAAAAAUAUAUUUAUAGAUUUUA